UGCGACGUCACGGUCUAAAAAUAGCAUGCGUGCGGUACGCCAUUGAAUCACUGUUUCGAGGCGUUCGACAUACGUGAAGAGCUCCAUCUACUAAAUAAACAGUGCACGUUUCUUUUUAAAACUGAAGUUCUCAAAUUGCCUCAACAUUACAUAUCUACAAUACAAUUAAGUGGAUGUCGUUUAUCUCUUUCAACCGUGGGAUCGUGUCGUCAUUAGGUGUGAUUUACACAAUUAAAGUUGAGCUUUUUAAGCCGGUGUCAUUGCUUUGUCUGUGAAGAUGUGUUCAAAGCAGUAUUUGUAAUACACGACAGUGCUAGUCUUGUAAGUGGCUCGUCCUAGAUGUCUGGGAGUAACUCUCAUACCUUUCAAGUCGUAUACCUGUAUUUGUAAGAUUGCCAACGGCCUCGGGUUGACGGAUGGGACAAAAUACAACUGACUGAAGCCCAAAAGAAUCCAGACGUGGAUGAUUGUUAGGAGAGGAAAUCCAGGCUACGACGAGCAACUGAAAAACGAAAGAAAAUGAGGAGUCCCGCAGACGUCACUGUAGAAGAUCUUCACCCUGAGAAGCAUGAUCCCCUCCACAUUAAAAAGGAGGAGUCCGACAUGCCGUGGAUCAAACAGGAGGCGGAGCCAGAGACCCCUGACAUUAAAGAAGAAAAACAGGAGGUUGAAAUCCUCAAGUUUCCAAUGGGUGUCAGUGUAAAGAGCGAAGAAGACGAAGGUCUAAGCGAUGACAGCGGAGAAGCGAAACCUUCGAGUGACAGCUCAUGUCAGCACCUGACAACAAAAGGAGAGGGACAAUCACAACCGGACGGCCUCUUAGCUCCACUUUCGGACAACGAUGACAUAACGUCGCAUUCUUCUGACUUUAAUACUGAUGAGGAGGAGGAUGACUUUGUCCAAAAUGCUUCAAAAUCUUUACACAAGUCACCAUUGAAAAGAGACUCAAAAGAAGGUGCAGUUGGGAAACUUUUUCCCUGCUCACUUUGUGAUAAAACAUUUCCUUUUAAGUGCCUUUUAAAGGCACACAUGCGUACACACACUGGAGAGAAGCCUUUUUCCUGCACCAUUUGUGGUAAACGAUUCUCUCAGAAGGGAGAAAUAAUAGUGCACACAAGAAAACACACUGGUGAGAAGCCUUUUGCCUGCACACGUUGUGGGAAAAGAUUCAUCAGGAAGGGAGAUUUUAACAACCACACAAGCAUACACACUGGAAAGAAGCCUUUUGCCUGCACACUUUGUGGUAAAAGAUUCAUCAGGAAGGGAGAUUUAAACAAACACACAAGAAAACACACCGGAGAUCAGCCUUUUGCCUGCACACUUUGUGGUAAAAGGUUCUUUAGGAAGGGCGAUUUAAACAUCCACACGAGAACACACACUGGAGAGAAGCCUUUUGCCUGCACAUCUUGUGGUAAAAGAUUCACUCAGAAGGGACAAUUAGUAUUGCACACAAGAACACACACUGGAGAUAAACAUUUUGCCUGCACACUUUGUGGUAAAAGAUUCUUUAGGAAGGGAGAUUUAAACAAUCACACAAGAACACACACUGGAGAGAAGCCUUUUGCCUGCACAUGUUGUGGUAAAGGAUUCACUCAGAAGGGAGAAUUAGUCAUGCACACAAGAAUCCACACUGGAGAGAAGCCUUUUGCCUGCACACUUUGUGAUAAAAAAUACAUCAGGAAGGGAGAUUUAAACAGACACAAAAGAAACCACACUGGAGAUAAGCCUUUUGCCUGCACACUUUGUGAUAGAAGAUUCAUCAGGAAGGGAGAUUUAAACAAACACAAUUUAACACACACUGGAGAGAAGCCUUAUGCCUGCACACUUUGUGAUCAAAAAUACACCACGAAGAUAAAUUUGAACAUUCACACAAGAAAACACACUGAAGAAAAGCCUUUUGCCAGCACACUUUAAGGUAAAAGAUUCACCGAAAAGGGAGCUUUAAACAAGCACACACAGUAAAGAGAAGUCUUUUGUGUGCACGUGCUGUAUUAAACGAUUCACUCAAGAGGGACAAUCAGUAUUGCAUACAAGAAACCACACUGGACUGAACUGCCUGCACAUUUUGUGGUAAAAGAUACAUCAGGAAGAGAGAUUUAAACAAACUCAAAAGAAACCACACUGGAGAUGAGCCUUUUGCCUGCGCACUUUCUGGUAAAAGAUUCACCGAGAAGGGUAGUUUAAACAAACACACAAGCACACACACUGACGAGAAGCUCUAUGCCUGCACACUUUUUAAUAAAAAAAAAAUACUCCAUUGUAGGAUUCAGUAUAGAAUAGACACAUCCUGAACUAUGCUGAUGACACAGUCAUUGUCAGUUUACUACAGAAACAUGAAUCCCAGCAAGGGCUUGUGCUCGAUGAGUUUGUUUGUUGGUGUGACAGAUCUUUUCUCCAACGCAACACUUCUAAAACUAAGGAUAUGUGUAUAGAUUUUAGGAAGAAACAACCUGCUCCUCCUCUCCCCACUUGUAUAAAAGGUAGCAGUAUAGAGGUGAUAGAACAGUAUAGAUACUUGGGUACUGUGAUUGACAAACUCAAAUUUGAUGCAAAUACAGAGACUAUCUGCAAAAAAGGUCAACAACCACUGUACUUCCUAAGGAAGCUUAACUCUUUUAAUGUUGAUAAGGUUAUCUUGUCCUUGUUUUAUAAAUCUUUUAUUGAAUCUGUUCUUUUGCUUUUAUCGCCUGGUAUGGAGGUAUCAGCCUGAAGGAGAAAAAUAAUAUCAACCAUAUUGUUAAGGUGGCUGCUAAGAUAAUAGGCUGUCCACAGGUCUCCUUAACAGAUAUUUGUGAGAGGCAGGUUAUGAAGAAGGCAAAUGACGUACUGGAUUGUGUAAAUCAGCCGCAUCAUUGUUCUUUUGAAGUCCUCCCUUCAGGCGGGCGAUUCAGAGUCCCUUGUUGUAAGUCCAACAGGACAAAGAACGCCUUCUUACCAAGUGCGAUUAGCAGUGCUUAAUUUGUAAAUCAUAAGGUGCCGGAACGCAAAGUACAUAUGACAGCUCAAGGGAUGACGAGACAGGCACAGGUCCUGGAACAUACGCAGAAAAUGGUGCUGAAAACAACAAGCAAAUGCCCACUUGCCAUGCUGUGGGACUUACAAGCCUCAAUUUCAGAUAAUAUCCAUGGUAUAAAUGUUAUAAAAACAAUUUAUAAUCAUUUAGGGUAUACAAUGGACAGCACGGGCAAUUGCCCACAUAACCACAGGUAGGACUUACAGUACACAGUCAGCAAUUCGUUUCUCAACAGGUCUAAAACAUUAGGAAAAAAAUCUGAGAUAACAAUAAAUAACACAAACCCAUUCUAUUGCGAGUUUCAUCCCCCCGUCUUCUCUAGCUCCAAAGUUCCCACCGCCUUACAAAAUGUGCAGCUCAAACCCGAAUUUCCCAUAAGGGUGCUGGCCUGUUGCUCUGGCUGUUGGUGGUUCAUCUACUGGCGCUUUAGCUGGCCCCCACUCCGGGUGGCGCUGAACCAAACCAGCUGCUGCCAUGGUAGCAGCCUCCUGCCCCGGCUUGGCUGGCUGUCCGUGAACCUGGCCAUCUGCUGCGGCGCUAGCCUCUUGCUGCACCCGGUCCUACCCGUUAUCAUGAUUGCUGCAGCUGCCCUCAUCGCCGGUUGUUGCUUUUCUGACUCGUUUUGAACCAUCUUCCUUCUUUAAAAAAAAGACAGUAAAUACAAUGGUCUAUUUGGCAUAUUGAAAUACCGUUUGAUCCUGGCUCCUUGCUCCCCAGAUACCACAAUUUCCAAGUUUUUUUUUUUUUUUAAUGUCAGGGGCGUGAUUUGUUGCUUCAGCUUUUCAACAAAUCACCGGCGGCUCUUUCAAAUGACGUUAAAUUUUCAUAAACAACAUGGAACUCUUGGGAUUUGUUCUGUAAAUAAAUUUAUGCAUAUUAUUAUUUUAUUUUAUACAUUUAAAAAAAAUUUAAAAAAUUAUAUAUUAUGAUUAUUUUCUAUACACAAAAGGUGCCGGGUCUGCCCAAAUAAGUCCCGGAACACAGGGAGGCCAAAACGAAGAGGUGCCGGAUCUUGUUCAGGCAGGGUCCGGCACAAAUUAACCCCUGGCGAUUAGGUUGCUAAAUUUUCACAAUUUUUGCACUUUGAAUGCGUAGCUGUCUAUAGCAUUUUUAAAGUGUUGUCUGUGUGUUAUUGAUGUGUAUGAGUUAUUGUUGUGUUGUCUUAAAGCAGGUAAGCAUACAGAUAAGUUUCCCCCUCCUUAGGGGACACUGAACUUAAACUGAACUGAUAAAAAAAAUACUCCACGAAGGCAAAUUUAAACAUUUACACAAGAACAAACACUGGAGGAAAGCCUUUUGCCUGCACACUGUACGAUACAAGAUUUUCUCUGAAGACAAAUUUAGAAAUACAUAAGCGCAAACACACCGAAAUACAUAAUGAUUACAUAAUGAUAUGAAAUGACAAAGAACGAAAUGAUUUUAAUUGAAAACCCAGAUUGUUGAUUGUGUUAUUGUACAGUUUGUGGCCAUCUGAUGUAUGUACCAUGUCCGAAUGUGCGUCUUUAGUUGUAUGGGGGACGGGAAACUGAUAAGCAUAUGCUUCCUCCCGUCUGCCUUUGUCUCCUUCUUCGGUUCCUUCGGGCAAAUAUUUUGUAAUUGUCAAUGAUUGUCAAUGAUACCGAUGAUGAUGACAAUAAAUAUUUCAUUCAUUCAUUCAUUCACUUUUCAUGGGGUUGUUCUUGCACCCCUCUUUUCAAUGAACUUCAGUAUUUUAAGCCAAAAGAACUUUUGUGUUUGAUAGAGCAAUAUAUGCUGCCAUAGCAGUUUCAUGGCACAUUAUGCCCUUGGACUAUUAUUAACUUGUCCGUUUUACCCUGGAGACCCCCAUUUACAGACACUGAGCAACCGAUUUUAUUUCAUUCAUUUGUUUCGUGGCGCUGUUGUGCCCGCUGUGUCCUUCUGAGUUUGGGAAUACAGUAUUGACGAAGAGCUAAAAAAAUUAAAAAGAAAAAAAAACAACUUGCGGAUCAUCCUUGCAGUUACGCGUUUGAAAUGACAUGGUUGUUUUGACGAACUUGUCCAAAGUUUAGAUUUGUAAAUGUCAUGACGUGGCGGCAUGGGCAUGGAGGACCAGGCACGUGCAGAGAGUGGGUCGGAGGGUGCUUCAGCACCUGCCCCUUUGCCCCUACAUGCCUAAAGUGUUCCUUUUGACUGAGCUUUUUUUUUUUUUGGUGCGUAUGUGUGUGCUGGCAAACUGCAGACACACCACCGAGUACUUUACUUGAGACGAGAGAAUUACACGAGAAU